CCGCAAGCAUGAAUCUUAUGCGUAUGAUCACGGAUGCACCGCAACUUGACGCUGACCUCCAAUUCGCACUUAUAUACUAUGCUCCUGGCUCAUAUGGUCUUCCCCAUCACAAGCAGCCCCUUGUCAUACGACUUUGAAACGACAGUCAACGAUGCGUGCCUCUGCAGCCUGCCUCGUAGUCUUGUCGGUGGCUACUACCUUUGUUUCAUCACAUCCAAGCACUGAGUCUUAUUUGACUCGGUCUUUCCGGGUGCUGUCGAGUCCGUCGUACAAAAGACAAAGCAGCACCGUUCCUCCACAGUGUACCUCGAUCUGCGAUCCUGUCAAUGAUGAAGUGAAUGAUGGAUGUCCUAUGACCACAUGCUGCACCCAGUCCUUUGAAACAAGCUACUACGACUGCCUCUUAUGCGCACAGAGUGAUUUGGACGGACUCUACGUCUCUUGCUCUGAUUACGGCUAUUCACUUCAAGAGCUCACUCUUCCUGGUCAAAACCCGUCUCGCACUCUCUUGACUUCUUCCAGUACUAGAACUUCUACUGAUGGCGGUACUUCACCUUCACCUACGUCUGUAUCGUCACCUACGUCCUUGUCGGUGCCUACAUCCAUCCAGACGACCACUAUACUAUCUUCAAGUACUUCGCUUGGCUCGUCUGGGACGUCGACCUCUGGCAAUGGCACUGCGACUUCGUCCGCAUCCGAGCCUACAACUUCAAGUGCUGCGCUGGGGCUGAGCACAGGAGGAAGCGGAAUCUUGGCCUUGUUCGCUACUGCUGUAGGAUUAAUCGUGCUGCGAAACAGCUGAUUGGGAAAACUUUAUAGUUUUUUUGCUCGCCAACAUGAGGCUGGUGCUACGUAGCCUUAAACUUGUACUAUAGACAAUGACACGUGACAGAAUAUUGAUCAAUCUCUCAUCACAUAUAA